AGUGCCAUCUGCAAGGCUGAGCCACACUAGCUGGCUUUGCAGCACCCAGAAGAGCAUUUCCUCCCAAGGAUUCCAAACCCUCUUCACAGACUAUUGGGAGGGCCAAGUGGUAAGUCACUGAUGAGGUGCUGGGUGCAAAUUUACACAAACCUCCUUGGUUUGCAAGGCACCAUGGCAGCCCAGUUCUGAGUCCGGCUGUGCUGACCCUUGGCUUUAAAGGCGGGCAUCUCUGAGCAGUCGCACUGGAUCUGUGUCCUGGUGGGUGCAGGAGAAAGCAGGGAGGGGAGGAAGAUCCAGUGGCCUGGGCAGGAUCCCCUCGGGGCCUGGAUGUAGCUAGAUUCCCAGGGAGUGAGAGGAGCUGAGCUCGAGGAGGCCGGGCUCCAGGGAAGGGGGGGAAGGCGGGGUCUCUCGCAGGGCCCUUUCGAGCCACGUGCGGUUGUUUCCGUGUCUGGGCGAUCACGUGACCCGCAUCAGCUGACCCGUCACGGCGGAGUCCGGCGCUGGCGCCCCGCGCUCCUUGCCGCGCCGCGCCCGGAACGCAGGAUCCAGCGGAGGGGUAAGAGCAUCCCCGGCCCCCGCCGUCACCGUCACCCCAGCCACCUGCAUCCCAGGCCCUGCCCCUCGCCUAUCCCAACCCGCCCGGCCUGGCACCCCGGAAGCUCCCGCGAGGAAGGCUGUGGCCAGGCUGAGCCUCGCGCUGCCCCCGGGCGGCCCGGACCGGAUGGCCCAAGGGAGCUGGGGGCGGGAAGCCGAGCUCAACGCCGGGGCCGCGGGCUGGUCCCCAGCCCCUAGCCCUGACAUGGAGGAGCUGCUCCGGAGCGUGGAAAGGGACCUGAACAUCGAUGUCCGGCAGCUGGCCCCGGCUCCGGGGGGCACCCACGUGGUGGCCCUAGUCCCUGUGCGCUGGCUGGCCGGCCUCCGAGAACACCGGCUGGGACCCUGUCCCCGGGCCGAGGGCCUGGGCGAAGCGGAAGUCAAGACACUUUUGCAGCGCUCCGUGCAGAGGCUGCCCCCGGGCUGGACGCGCGUGGAGGUGCACGGGCUGCGGAAACGGAGACUGUCCUACCCGCUGGGCGGGGUCCCGCCUUUUGAGGAGGGGUCCUGUAGCCCUGAGACUGUCACUCGUUUCAUGCAGGAGGUGGCUUCCCAGAACUACCGGAACCUGUGGCGCCAUGCGUACCGCACUUAUGGCCAGCCCUAUAGCCAUAGCCCUGCCCCCUCAGCUGUCCCUGCACUGGACUCAAUAAGGCAGGCUCUGCAGAGGGUCUAUGGUUGUUCCUUCCUGCCGGUGGGUGAUGCCACCCAGUGCCCAUCGUAUGUCAGAGAUGGGUCCUGCCCACCUCGGGGCAGCCCUGCCUGUCCCAGCCUUUUGCGGGCUGAAGCCCUGCUGGAGUCGCUGGAGAUGUUGUAUGUGGUACACCCUUAUGUGCAGUUCUCCCUGCAUGAUGUGGUCACCUUCAGCCCUGCCAAGCUGACCAACAGCCAAGCCAAGGUGCUUUUCAUUCUCUUUCGAGUGCUGAGGGCCAUGGAUGCCUGUCACCGCCAGGGCCUUGCCUGUGGGGCCCUGUCUUUGCACCACAUUGCUGUGGAUGAGAAGCUUUGCAGUGAGCUCCGGCUGGACCUGAGCGCUUAUGAAAUGCCCAUCCCGGGUGACCACAAGGAGGAUCCAGUACAGAGAGAGGAAAUGGGCGUUACAUCUGAACAGGAGGUGGCAGGGAGACCUGGGUGUUCCACCUGCCAAGAGGAGCUUAGGAGCCUAGUGCUAGACUGGGUUCAUGGCCGGACCAGCAACUUCCACUACCUCAUGCAGCUGAAUCUCUUGGCAGGUCGGAGGCAGGGGGAUCCCAACUAUCACCCCGUGCUGCCCUGGGUGGUGGAUUUUACCACGCCCCGUGGGCGCUUCCGAGACUUGAGGAAAUCCAAGUUCCGUCUCAACAAGGGGGACAAGCAACUGGACUUCACCUAUGAGAUGACGAGGCAGGCGUUUGUAGCCGGGGGUGCGGGCAGUGGGGAGCCACCUCAUGUUCCUCACCACAUCUCAGAUGUGCUCUCUGACAUCACAUACUAUGUGUACAAGGCUCGUCGCACGCCUCGUUCGGUCCUCUGUGGACACGUGCGAGCGCAGUGGGAGCCCCACGAGUACCCUGCCACCAUGGAGCGUAUGCAGGCCUGGACCCCUGACGAGUGCAUCCCCGAGUUCUACAUGGAUCCCUCUAUCUUUUGCUCCAUCCACCCUGACAUGCCCGACCUGGAUGUACCAGCCUGGUGCGGCUCUAAUCAGGAGUUUGUGGCUGCCCAUCGAGCACUGCUGGAGAGCCGAGAGGUGUCCCAGGACCUGCACCAUUGGAUUGACCUCACCUUUGGCUACAAACUCCAGGGCAAGGAGGCUGUGAAGGAGAAGAACGUAUGUCUGCACCUGGUGGACGCCCACACUCAUCUGACUAGCUAUGGGGUGGUACAGCUUUUCGAUCAGCCACACCCCCAGCGCCUGGCUGGGGCUCCUUCCCUUGCUCCUGAGCCUCCACUCAUCCCCCGCCUGUUGGUCCAGACUGUCCAGGAGGCCACAGGCCGGGAAGAUUUCCUAGGACAGCUCACAAACGGGGCGGGCAGACUGAUUUUGGAGGCCACUCCAUGUGAGGCCGGCUGGACCAGAGACAGGCCCAUGGUAGGGGAAGAUGACUUAGAACAGGCCACAGAAGCUCUGGACUCCAUCCCCCUCCCUGGGAAAGCAGGUGAGCAGUUGGGCUCGUCCUCCAGUCAAGCUGCCCCUGGUCUCCUGUCUUUCUCAGCAGCCUCAGUCUCUCGAUCAGGGCGCCGGAGCAAAGCUGCCGGCUCGGACCCUGCAGAGGGUGAAGAGGGGAAGAUCAUUCUUCCUGAGGGCUUCAGUCCUUUGCAGGCCCUGGAGGAGCUGGAGAAAAUGGGCAACUUCCUGGCCAAAGGCCUAGGAGGCCCAUUGGAGGUGCCCGAGCAGCCCCAGGCCCAGCCACCUGUGCAGCUGCAGGACUUCUUCGAUCGGGACAUGCAGGCGCUGGGCGUCCUGUUGGCUGAGAUGGUGUUUGCCACGAGGGUCCGGACGUUGCCACCUCAGGCACCUUUGCGGCUACGCUUUGAAGCUGUUCAGAGUCUGUACGCGCGCCACACCAAGGAGGUCCCUGUGUCUUUGCAGCCUGUGCUGGAUGUGCUGCUGCAGCUGAGCGCACCCGAAGGCCCCGUGGCAGUGAGGAAGGGCAGGCUGGGCCCACUGUUUGAUUAUAGGCCCAUCUCUCAGGGAUUGCCCCCUCCCUGCCCAGCCCAGCUUCUCAGCCCCUUCAGCUCUGUGGUACCCUUCCCUCCGUACUUCCCGGCCCUGCACAGGUUCAUCCUCCUAUACCAGGGGAGGCGCGUGGAGGAUGAGGCGCAGGGACGGGAGCUGGUGUUCGCCCUGUGGCAACAGCUGGGUGCGGUGCUUAGUGACAUUACUCCUGAGGGCCUGGAGAUCCUGCUGCCCUUCGUGCUGUCGCUCAUGUCUGAGGAGCACACGGCUGUGUACACAGCUUGGUACCUGUUUGAACCUGUUGCCAAGGCCCUGGGCCCCAAAAAUGCCAACAAGUACCUCUUGAAGCCUCUCAUCGGUGCCUAUGAGAGCCCCUGCCGGCUACACGGCCGUUUCUACCUGUACACGGACUGUUUCGUAGCUCAGCUGAUGGUGCGGCUGGGCUUGCAGGCUUUCCUCACCCACCUGCUGCCCCACGUCCUGCAGGUGCUGGCCGGGGUUGAGGCCUCUCAGGAGGAGAGCAAGGCCCUAGUUGGGGCCACCGAGGAUGAGGAAAGUGAGCUCUCAGGGUCUGGGCCCAGCUCCUGCGCCUUUGGAGAGCAGAUUCAGAUGGAUGGGGAGCCUGGUGCAUCCUCAGGCCUGGGGCUCCCAGACUACACAUCCGGUGUCAGCUUCCAUGAGCAGGCCGACCUCCCUGACUCAGAGGACUUCCAGGCUGGGCUCUACGUGGCCGAGUCUCCACAGCCGCAGGAGGCUGAGGCUGUGAGCCUGGGCCAGCUGAGUGACAAGAGCAGCGCUAGCGAGGCCUCCCUGGGCGAGGAGCGGGGCGGGGAUGACGGGGGUGUCCCCACGGACAAGAACAGCCUGAGGUCAGGCGACAGCAGCCAGGACUUGAAGCAGAGUGAGGGCUCAGAGGAGGAAGAGGAGGAGGAUGAAGGCUGUGUGGUGUUAGAGGAGGAGGAAGGAGAGCAGGAUGAGGUCACCGGGGCAUCUGAGCUCACUCUGUCUGACACGGUGCUGUCCAUGGAGACCGUUGUAGCUGGUGAUGGUGGGAGAGACAGAGAGGAAGAAGAGGAGGAGCCUCUUCCUGAGCAGACAGAAGGCAAAGAACAGAAGAUCCUCCUUGAUACAGCCUGCAAGAUGGUCCGAUGGCUGUCUGCCAAGCUUGGCCCCACAGUGGCCUCUCGCCAUGUGGCCCGGAACCUGUUACGCUUGCUGACGUCUUGUUAUGUUGGGCCUACUCGGCAGCAGUUCACAGUCAGCAGUGGUGAGAGUCCCCCACUGAGUGCUGGCAACAUCUACCAGAAGAGGCCAGUGCUGGGCGACAUCGUGUCAGGACCUGUACUCAGCUGCCUCCUCCACAUAGCCCACCUGUAUGGAGAGCCGGUUCUCACCUACCAGUACCUGCCCUAUAUCAGCUACCUGGUGGCCCCAGGGAGCAACUCCAGCCCCAGCCGACUGAACAGCCGCAAGGAGGCAGGGCUGCUGGCUGCGGUGACCCUGACUCAGAAGAUCAUUGUGUACCUCUCCGACACCACGCUCAUGGACAUCCUGCCCCGCGUCAGCCACGAGGUCCUGCUGCCUGUGCUUGGCUUCCUCACCUCCCUUGUCAUAGGGUUCCCAAGUGGGGCCCAAGCCCGGACUGUCCUGUGUGUGAAGACCAUCAGCCUCAUCGCCCUCAUCUGCCUGCGCAUCGGACAGGAGAUGGUCCAGCAGCACCUGAGCGAGCCUGUGGCCACCUUCUUUCAGAUCUUCUCCCAGCUGCACGAGCUUCGGCAGCAGGAUCUGCAGCUGGAGUCCCAGAGCUGUGAUGAGAGCCAGUUGCCAGAGGCCACCUUCUCUGAUGGGCAGCGGCUGCCGGUGGACCCCACCCUGCUGGAUGAACUGCAGAAGGUGUUCACCCUGGAGAUGGCAUACACCAUCUACGUGCCCUUCUCCUGCCUGUUGGGUGACAUCAUCCGGAAAAUCAUCCCCAACCAUGAACUGGUUGGGGAACUGGCGGGGCUGUAUCUGGAAAGCAUCAGCCCGAGCGCUCGCGCCCCUGCCGGCAUGGAACCCACCAUGCUCAGCACCGGCCCUGAGUGGGAUCCUCAGGGUGGGAGCUGUUCCCAGGAUGAUGGCCACUCAGGGACCUUUGGGAGUGUCCUGGUUGGAAAUAGAAUCCAGAUCCCCAAUGAUCUUGAGCCUGAGGGCCCUGGGCCACUGGGCUCCACCUCUGGGGCGGGUGCUGGGGGUCUCAGCAGCCGGAGUGAGGACAAUGCCCUGAAGAGGGAGCUGCCACGGAGUGCCCAUGGGCUGAGCGGGAACUGGCUGGCAUACUGGCAGUAUGAGAUUGGUGUGAGCCAGCAGGAUGCCCACUUCCACUUCCACCAGAUCCGCCUGCAAAGUUUUCCAGGCCACACAGGGGCUAUCAAAUGUGUGGCCCCCUUGAGCAGUGAGGACUUCUUCCUGAGUGGAAGCAAGGAUCGUACUGUGCGCCUCUGGCCGCUAUACAACUAUGGGGAUGGCACCAGCGAAACAGCUCCUCGCCUCAUCUAUGCCCAGCACCGGAAGAGUGUCUUCUACGUGGGCCAGCUUGAAGCCCCACAGUAUGUAGUGAGCUGUGAUGGGGCUGUGCACAUCUGGGACCCCUUCACAGGGAAAACCCUUCGCACGGUAGAACCAUCAGACAGCCGGGUGCCCCUGACUGCCGUGGCUGUCAUGCCUGCCCCCCACACCAGCAUCACCAUGGCCAGCUCUGACUCUACCCUGCGCUUCGUGGACUGUAGGAAGCCUGGUCUGCAGCACGAGUUCCGCCUGGGCGGCGGGCUGAACCCUGGCCUCGUCCGCUCCCUGGCAGUCAGCCCCAGUGGCCGUAGCGUUGUGGCUGGCUUCUCUUCAGGCUUCAUGGUGCUCUUGGACACUCGUACAGGCCUGGUUCUACGUGGCUGGCCAGCCCACGAGGGGGACAUUCUGCAGAUCAAGGCAAUAGAGGGAAGCGUCUUGGUCAGCUCCUCCUCUGACCACUCCUUGACUGUGUGGAAGGAGCUGGAGCAGAAACCCACGCACCACUACAAGUCAGCAUCCGACCCCAUCCACACCUUCGACCUGUACGGCAGCGAAGUGGUCACUGGCACUGUAGCCAACAAGAUUGGCGUCUGUUCCCUGCUUGACCCGCCCUCCCAGGCUACCACGAAGCUCAGUUCUGAGAACUUCCGUGGCACACUCACUAGCCUGGCCUUGCUGCCCACAAAACGUCACCUUCUACUGGGCUCAGACAAUGGCAUCAUUCGCCUCCUGGCAUAGGCCCUGAUGGGAGCUGGCUGGGCAGGGAUGACAUGAUAUCCUUGGGUCUAGUCCCUUGCCUUUGAUCCCCAAGUAGUUAUCUCUCCAGCCAAGCCCCAAGACCUUGGGUACUCAAGUGGCCUGGUAGCUGGGAUCUCCAGCCCCUGGAUCCCCAAAGCAAUGAGGGCUACCAGAGUAGUGUUGCUCAUGGCCUGGGGAAAUGUGGCUCCAGCAGAAGCAAGGAGAGGAAGAGAGGAGAGGUCACUGCCCCAACUCUGCAGAAAGGGGAGAGACAGGGGUGGGCCUUGCCUAGCUGAGCCCCUGGGGACUCUGCUUGCCCCUGUCCCCCAAAGAUAGGUGGCCAUGACCCAGCAGUUUAGGAUGUCAGUGUCCACUCAAUCAGGCCUUCCCAGUUUGAGACCAGGAGGGGGCAAAAGAGAGAUGAGAUGAGCUAGCUGGUUCCUACCAGGAGUGACUCCAUGCCUUGCCUGGCCACCAUAACCACAGUGUUUGUGCCUUGAGCUAAGGAGGCAGCCUUUGGGAGCAGUGCCCCUGAGGGGAGGGGGCCAGAAGAAUCAUUUUUGCAUCUUGGGUCCCAGUCAGGGGACUUGGAGACCCCAGCAUCUCUGAGUCUUCAUCUGGAGCAGAAGUGAGAUCUGCUCUGCUGCCUCCUUAUCUAUUUGCAAUAGAUGUAAAUAUGAUCAAUAAAUCCUUUGGAAGAGCCAUGGA